AUGACCUAUUGGAGUAUCAACGACGAUAUACAAUUUUUUUGUCCAUUUUACAAUGUCGCUUAUGUAUAUAAUGAACAAAUCUGGACUCUGGAAACUUUAAGAGAAAGUAUAAACAUGGUGCUUGAGGGUCACGAAAGUUACAUUAAUGAUGUCAGGUUCGAUUUCGAAAACAAAUAUUUAGCAUCUACCAGUGAUGAUAAUACAGUAAAAUUAUGGUAUACAGAUGGGUUUCAGUUGAAAGCCACUUUCAAUGUGGAUUCCCCUGCUAUGGUUGUCGCAUGGCACAGAUCUGAUCCCAAAAAACUAUUGGUAGCAGAAAAAUUGGGAAUUGUAAAGUUCUAUAAUGUGGAAACGGAGACGCCAAUUCUUUCUUUGGAUUUCGCUAAAUCAUUGUGUUCAGCUCAUUGGGCACCUUCAGAUAGUCAAAUUUUAGCUACACUUCAACUGGGGGAAUUGUUGUUGUGGGACCUUACUAAACCUUUUUUGCCCCAAAAUAGCACAAUUAUUUUUCCUGAAAACGGCGGCACAAUCCAAUUUUCUCCACAAGGUGAGUUAUUGGCAGCAGUAAACAGUCUGGAUGGUUCCCUAAAAGUUGUCCAAACAGUCACCCAAACUUUGAAGCUUAGCGCCCAGGUUAGUCUGCCCUCAAAUGUUCAAUGGCACUACCUUCAUCCUAUUGUUUGUGUGGCGGACGAUACAAAAUUGUACUUUUGGAGAGACCUGAUGAUAACUAUAUCAUCGAUCAAAAAUACAAGAUGUAACCCAUGGAGUGCCGCAGAAAUUAGUGCAUGGUCCUCUAUUGUUUUUACUGUUUGUGAAUAUCUCAGGAAAACUCUGUUUGCCGAUGAUACCUCAGUCUGCUGGAGUGGAAUGAAUGAUGUGACUAUGGACACAGUGAUGAAUAAAGACAUGAGAGUGAUUAAGGUAUGGUUUAACAUCAAUAACUUGGUAUUGAAUGUAGACAAAACAAAAUUGAUGACCUUUUCAAAAAAGCAACACAUAACUUCGAGGAUAAGAUGA